UGAGAUCUAUGUCGGCGACACCUUCACCUCCUGUUAUAAGUGCGGAUAUGCCACCGCUAGACCUGAACGGCACCUUUGGCGCAUUGCUCAUUGGAGCGCUGGUGGCUGCUGUAUUGUACGGAAUCACGGUCCUUCAAACAGUCGUGUAUUACCAACACAGUGCUGCUCAAGAUGGCUGGCUGGUCAGAGCCGCAGUCGGCUCUCUGUGGCUAGUGGAUACGCUCGACACAGCGCUCCUUUCCCAUAUCAUAUACUGGUAUCUCGUCACCAACUUCGGUAGCUCGUCGGCUCUCAUGAAACCGCUAGUCUGGAGCAUGUCUGCGCAUCUCGCGACUACAGCUGUCACUGAAGUGGUAGUCCGAUCAAUGUUCUCUCUGCGAGUAUGGCGAUUGAGUGGAGGAAAAUGGCUUCCCGCUCUGACGGUGGGAAUUGUCACGCUACUAGAUCUAAUAUUCGGCAUCGUUUUGACCGUAAGAUCGGUAGGCCAGACGUGGUUCACGCUUCAAAAAAUUCAGGCAUUCGUGUUCGCCCAGUUUGCGACUGAGUUGUUAGGUGAUACACUGAUUGCCCUUAUUCUCUGCUACUACCUCUACCAAUCAAGAACGGGCUUUCGAAGGACGGAUUCUGUCCUUACGACCCUUAUGGCAUAUGUGAUAAACACGGGAUUACUGACGGCCAUGGCGCUAACCGUCAACAUUGUACUUUUUGCUACUGAGCGCCACAACUUCGCCUUCGUCGCAUUGUACUUCGUCAUCAGCAAGCUUUAUGUGAAUGCCUACAUUGCCAUGCUGAACGCACGGACGGGUAUUCGACAGAAGAUGGGAAAUGUCGAGACGAUAGUACCUCUGUCGAAGUUUUCUGACAGGAGCACCAUGGGCAUCAGCCAUGCGUCGUUUGGACCGCGAACAUCAAAUCCAUUCAUCAAGGAAACACCGGAAGUUGUUGCUCCCGGGGGAGCUGAAGUUGUCGUUGACACCCUCCCAGUAUUUUAUAAAAGGGAGACAGUCGUUUAAAAAUUGCGACAGCACGUAUGUAAUCCGCCUGGCGCGAUGAUGGUUGAUGCGUGUCGGGACAUGAACUUGGACGAAUCUGUCACUGUAAUUUACUCCGUGCACCAUUACUUCAAAAUUAUAAGCCCAAC